GAUUCUCGCCGUUUCACAGACAAGUCCGGUCGCAGAAAUAUUGACACUUGUAAACUUGAGUGACUGAAAGCGAACGUUUUGAAUUGUCCGCUCAUCAUGGCGUUUAUGUCCGGAUUGUUUGUCAUUGAGGUUGCCAUUUUAUCGAUGAGGGCUCUCUCUGAGUCAGAUUUCUGCCCCUCUCGGUCCCGUGUCAAACCCUCUUGCCCGCCAGAGUGGCAAUUGUGGGGGAGCGCGUGCUAUCGCCUCACUUCCUCAAAGUAUAAUUGGGAUGACGCCAUGACAGCUUGCCAAGACGUGGGAGGCAAGAUGGCCGCUCCUCGCUCGCUCGAGGAACUGAACUUCAUGGUAGAACUGGUACGAAAGGUGGACAGUCCAUACUACCGGACCUGGAUUGCUUGCAAUGACAGAGAUGUUGAAGGAACUUGGGAGUGUGACGGUCAGGAAGGAGGCGAGCCCUUCCUGAAAUGGAAUUAUGGGGAACCAAAUGAUAAUGGCAAUCAAGAUUGUGUUCAAAUAUCCGCAUUUCAUUAUGACGGGAUGGAUGAUGCAGGCUGUGGGAAGCUGUUCAGGGCCUUUUGUGUUCGUCAGGCAGCUUGCACUCAUCUCAUAACCCAACCCCGUCAAUACUGCGUCUCUACCGACACUCACGGCCGCAUUCUCAACUCAACCUGCCUCCUCGACCACAGCAUCCGAGAGUUUAUCAGCAAGGGCGUGGUCGCCUGUGGCUCACCCUGCGCCCAGGAGCCCGGAUGCCGCUCUUUCAACAUCAAGAAAACCGAAGACGGAAAGAAAAUAUGCCAGGUGAACAACAGCACAGAAGACUUAUUAUUUCUGUCCUAUGUACUCAGAAGAAAUGUGCUCUGA